ACAUAUAUGCACACGUAUGCUCUCAUAGGAUAUCAUCUCUCACAAAAGCGUACGCAUCCACCACUGUGUGAUAAAUAAUUAUAUACCAUCAUGGUAGGCUACUGUCCAAUCUGUGGGAAGCCCGUUUACUUUGGUGAGAAGAAGAGGUCCUUAGGGAGGGACUACCACCCUCUUUGUCUGAAGUGUCAAAAGUGCAACAGACAGCUCACAGCUGGGCAACAUGCUGAGUAUGAUGAGAAGCCAUACUGUUCACACUGCUACCUGAAGAUGUUUGGUCCAAGAGGUAACAGGUGACUGGUGUCGCCACGGCACAGUGCAGCUCCUUCACAGACUCCCGUUUGAGCCAAAAUGGACAAACGCUGACAUAUGAAAGACCUGCUGGGUCUGUUUAUUGAAAAUGAAUAAAUACAUAUGAAUGAUAGACAGAUUUAUAAGAGCCUCUCUACUUGAGUUGAGGUGUUAUCAUUUAUACCUCCACAAAAUUAAAUAUUUAUAAAUGUGUGAUGACCACUUUGUGCUACGUGAUUGUUCACUUUUAUAAUGUAAAUUGAUUUUGCUUGUAGAAAAUUAUAAGUCAGUAUUAAUAAACACCUCCCUGGGGGA